CUUCCUCCGCGGAAGAGGAAGUAGCGGGGACCCUCGAUCUCUACGCGGCCAGCCUUCCUUCCGCAAUCUUCAGGUUAUCCCGAUCCAUCCUCGGAGAUCCUCGAUCGUCGUCUUCUGGCCUAAAUUUCUUAUCGGUAUCUCUUUUUGAUUGGGACCGCGUUCGUGUACAUCUUCCUGCUUUUGACCUUUUGCUGACGGAACGAUGGGGCUCUCCUUUGGGAAGCUCUUUAGCCGCUUGUUUGCGAAGAAGGAAAUGAGGAUCCUGAUGGUUGGACUUGAUGCCGCUGGUAAGACGACCAUCCUUUACAAGCUCAAGCUUGGAGAGAUUGUCACCACCAUUCCGACCAUCGGAUUCAAUGUUGAGACUGUGGAGUACAAAAACAUUAGCUUUACUGUUUGGGAUGUUGGUGGUCAGGAUAAGAUCAGACCUCUGUGGAGGCAUUACUUCCAAAACACACAGGGCCUUAUUUUUGUUGUUGACAGCAAUGAUCGGGAUCGUAUUGUUGAGGCAAGGGAUGAACUCCAUAGGAUGCUAAAUGAGGAUGAGUUAAGGGAUGCGGUUUUGCUUGUGUUUGCUAACAAACAAGACCUUCCAAAUGCAAUGAAUGCUGCUGAAAUCACUGAUAAGCUUGGUCUGCAUUCCCUGCGUCAACGACACUGGUACAUACAAAGCACUUGUGCCACAUCUGGUGAGGGUUUGUACGAGGGGCUUGAUUGGCUCUCCAGCAACAUUGCCAGCAAGUGACCGACAGCAGCAGUAUUGCCCGUUCACGGCAUAGUUGGAUGCUUUCAUGACAUCAGGGACCAAGAGCACUCAAAUUUCCACGUAGGUGGAUUAUAUUUUUAUGCCCCGCCCCCCAUCCGCCCCGCCCAUUUUUUUUUUCGUAUUUCAAAAAGCUUCAAGAAAAAGUUUGCAGUACACAGACGUGCUGCUACUACCUUGUAGCGUUUGUAUGUCAUAUCUAUUUCUUUUCCGAUGCAUUAAUGGCCUUUUGUUGAA